AUGACGGGACGAGUUGUGUUCGNGUCUUCUUCUGCUUUGGUUUACUGGCAACCCGCAACAACUUCACGGCGUAUACUGCCACCCGAAGUCCCCGCCGGAUCCGCCGAGUGGGGACUGGCUUCAGUAGAAGCAUGCCUGGAACUCCCAGCAAGCCUCUACGAGCCAGUCCGAAUCGGAUCAGAAACGCACACAACAGAGAAACGAUACUCAAACACACACAAAGAGGAGUCACGACCCACCACACGGCGGAGAACAGGCGCCAAGGAGGAGGAGAGCGUACCAGAAACACUGCGAGACCGCAGCACCCGCUCAAAACGCCGGCGCGCCCGCCAGCCCCCGCUGGGGGCAACCCCGCGCAACAACCCCAACAAGGCGACAUCGCCGCAUGACCGGGCGAGGAGAAAGGGCGCGCGCCGCACACUCACCGCCUCACCCGCGCAAGACCCGGAGGACACGGCCGGCUACGUCUGCAGGCGACAAGAAACACACGCUGAGCCGGCCUAUCAGUCAUGCCGACAUACGGGAGGCAGAAAGCGAGGUGACCGAGGAUUUGUGAGCCUGGCUUCAUCAAGCAACAUCAACUCUGUGCAGCUUAGAGUACAGAAAGAACGCUCACCUGGACUCGACUCGCCCAACAGUGAUGCAGCCUCCCCCGGCGACCAGAAGAACCCGGUGGCGUCGAUCAACAGCAUCGCCAACGCCUCCACCCCCGACCGCCUGCGCUUCCCUCGAGGGACGGCCAGCCGGAGCACCUUCCACGGCGGCCAGCUGAGAGACCGCCGCACGGCCACAUACAACGGCCCCCCCGCCUCGCCCACACUCUCCCACGACGCCACCCCACUCUCUCAGACCCGCAGCCGUGGAACCAGCAACCUGUUUUCCAAACUCACCUCCAAACUCACCCGCAGAAACAUGUCAUUCAGAUUUACCAAAAGAGUCUCAACCGAGUUUGAGAGAAACGGGAGACUUGAGGGCUCAAGUCGCCAUGUACCUGGGGAUCAAAAAGGGGAAAAUAAAGACAGUAAACCCCGCUCCCUCAGAUUCACUUGGAGUAUGAGGACCACCAGCUCCAUGGAGCCUUGUGAGAUCAUGCGGGAGAUUCGCAAGGUGCUCGACGCCAACAACUGCGACUUCGAACAGCAAGAGAAUUUCCUGCUUCUGUGCGUGCACGGGGACGGGCACGCAGAGAACCUGGUGCAGUGGGAGAUGGAGGUCUGCAAGCUGCCCAGACUCUCGCUCAACGGCGUGCGCUUCAAACGGAUAUCCGGAUCAUCCAUCGCUUUCAAAAACAUUGCUUCCAAAGUGUCCAACGAGUUAAAGCUAUGAACAAAAGGGUUUAAAAAAAGUAUACAUAUAUAUAUCUAGAAGUAUUUAAGCUGUACAAUCAUCCAAGUAGCAGUUUCCAAAUGUCUCCUUUUUUAAAAACAAAAUACAGAGUAUGUAUUGAAUAUUAUAAUGUAUAGAUUAAGGCUUUUGGCAAUAAUCACUGAUACUAAUAUCUCAGUCUACUCUGGCCACACCGGGUCAACAUUAACGAGUUGAAUAUGAUUUGUCAUGCUGUGAAUGUGGACAAAAAAAGAAAACAUUUCUAGUCUUUAUUUAUUUCAUCUUUUUUGUUUUUUUUUCCUGGAUAAAAAUAAGAAAAAAAUUACGUAGCGUUGUUUUUUUUGUUUUCAGUGUAAAUAAUGUAUCUUUUCUUUCAAGACGGCUUCACUGCAAUACUCAUUUUGUUUUUCUUUUGUAUUUCGUUCAAAAAGUAGAGAUGGGGUAAGUCCGUGUAAAUGCUCACGUGGUUUAGGGUCACUCAUGUCUCAAUUAAAAGUGUCUGUCAACUUGAACGUCUCCCGCUGAUCAUUUGUAUCCUGACACCAUGAAAAUAUAAAAACGUGUUUCCUUCAA